AUGAUCAGCAAAAGAUUGCUUCUGAUCGUGAUCACCUUCAGCGUUGUGAUCUCGAUUGUGAAGGCGCACUACAUUCCUGACGACGAUCACGAUCACCAUCACGAUCACGACAGUAGUGAGGAGCGCGAUGAGGCGUCGGGCGUGUCGGGAUUCUUCGAGAACAUCAAGUGCGGAAUUGUUCACGGCGCGAAGAAGAUCAAGGACGGCGUCACGAGUGGAUAUAAUUAUGUGAAGGGCAAAUUGACUCCUGGAUCGGCGACAGAAGUGCCUGUAGUGGCAGUUCCAGCCAAUGUCACCGAGAUAUUCCCGACACCGAAGACGCCAAUGGCGCCCUAUCCUUCGGAGGUCCCUCUGACCAUCCCCACGAGCACUGUUGACGAGCGCCUCGUGUGGGAAAUUGACGUGCGCGCGUUCAUCAAUGAGACAGACGAGAGAUUUCCCGACACUGUGAUCGCAUCGACAACUCCUGCCAACAUCUCGCUGGACGAUCGGUCGCUCUUCGAUGCGCCAUCCUUCUGCCCGGACGGAGAGAAGAAGGACCGCAACGGACGCUGCAGGAAGAUCAGCUAAUUCCAAUCCUCCUAAAGUCCUUUGUGAUGCUAAUAUUCUGUCAAUGCAUAAUUCUCAAAAAUUGUUUUCUACAUUACAACAAUAAUAAAUCGUGAGUUUGAAGCUUUAGUGUUACGAAACGAGUUUUCUUUUACGUGAAAAGUGGGGACUUUGCAACACGAAUCA